CUGAGGCUGCAGCAGCCCCCGAGCCUCCACCUCCUCUUCCUCCUCCUCCUCCUCCAUUUCCGACAGCUCCGUAUGGAUCUGACGGCGCUGUACGCUGCUGCUUGAUGUUUCGGAGGGGGCCGAUUACACAUUAUUUCGAGGAUGGGGGAACCUUGUGACCUUAAACAUUUCGUGAAAGAGGAAGGAAGUGGUGCUUCAGUUAAGGUGGAAGGCCUAUCUAAGUCAGCUCUAAUUAAAAGCUUGACACCCAGAGUCAUCCUAUCCAACCAUCUCUGUGUGAAAGGGACCAAAAUGAGGGUUAACCUGGAAGAUCAGAGCCGUCAAAAAGUGUCCUUCACCUUCGCACAGACAAAAAAGCCUCUGCAAAGUCCGUUGGUCGUCCCUGUCAGUCAAGAUGAAUCCAUCACUGAACCUCUUGGUGCCUUGUCACAGUCAACCUUGGACAGAGCAGGGAGGAGUGCAGACAGCAAAGCUGAGCAAAAGCCUACACUCUCAGUGCCAACAUCUGCAGCAGAGACACCUUCUCAAACAUCAGUCUCCUGUUCCACCACACUCAAAGCAAACUCAACCAAGAUACACUUCAAGAAGCAAAUUCUUAGUGUGUCUGUGACGGAAGAGAAACCAACAUCUCCCACAUCAGAGGAGCUGCACAACCCUGAAUCGAAAGUUUUAACAAAGUCAAGUGAAGUGCAGAGUGAAGGUGAAUUUCCAGUGCCCCAGCCUCAGAAUGUCAUCAACAUCUGCCCCUCUGAAAAUACUCACACUGAAGCCUCAGAGAUGAGAGUAAGCCCCAUCCUCAAGAAGCCCGCUGCUUCCUCAGGAAAAGAUGGUGAUAGUUCCAGCAGUGCUGAACGAGAUAAUAAUGUUUACAAAAGGAUAACCAGGUCACAGUCGGAUAGCGCUCCCCGUUGCUCAGAAUCAGAUGGAGAUUUAGCCCUUACGUCUUCCAGGCGGAAAUCAGUUGAUUCGAAAAGUAAAACAGAGUCUGACAGCAGAGGCAAAGAUGUAAAAAAGUCUUCCUCUAGUUCACGAAAUGGAGAAAGGGAAAAGAAUUCCUUGAAGAGGUCAGAGAAUUACGAAAGGUCUUCAAGUUACUCCAAAUCAGACCGCGAGUCUAGAACCACGUCUUUACGCUCAUCUCGAUCAGACAAGGAUCGCAGAAGGUCCAGGUCGAGAUCGCGGUCUCGGUCGAGAGGGUCUCGAACAAGUUCAUCUCACUCCAGAUCAGAGAGAUACAGAAGUGACCGAGGAUCCCGCUCUGAAAGAUCUUACUAUCACGAUUCUGACAGGCGAUCACACAGGAGUUCACCACGUAGAGAGAGAAGGCGUUCUCGAUCUCGCACGGACAGAACUCGAGAUAGUUCUGACUCCGAGGAUGACCAUAGGAAGACGAGGACAAGGACAAGUGACUCCAGCAGGUCAACCUACCACUCAAGUUCACAUAGAGACUCAAAAUCAUCUUCCUUCUCAAAAUCUGAGAAAGCCUCUAAAUCUGUGGAUUCUCCCCACUCCUCUGAGCUUGAUAAAAGAUUGCAAUCUUCUAAAUCUGAAAGGACUUCAAAACGAUCAUCAGAUUCUGAUUGCCAACGCAAGUGCUCCCCUGAUUUGGACUCUUCUCACCGGAAAGCCAGUAGUCAUCACAAGUCAGAGACAAACAACAAAUCAUCUUCUCAUACCCAGUCUCAAACACAUGACAAACACCAAAAAAGCUGCUCCGCUGACUCUGAGGGAGAUCAUAAGGGAAAACUACAAUACUCUGACUCUUUGGAUAAUUGCAAAGAAAAGAAAACCAGCCGUGCAGAGUCAAAACCAGUAAGCCCUUCUAGAUCUUGUGUAAAAUCCCCUGGACAUGACAGGCAGUCAGGUGAUAGUUUUCACAGCUCUGGCAAAGCAGCGUCAUGUGCAACCAGCACAGAAUGUUGUUCUGAAAGUGAAACAGAAAAAUCAAAUUUGCAGCUAGGUGGAAAUAAACAAGCUGAUAAGGAUGCUACGGAGAUAGCCUUACCAGUCAAUACGACACUGGAAGAGUCUUUGUCUAAGACAGAGCAAGAAACAAAAGUAGAAUUUGAAAUAGAAAAUACAAGCGUCUCAGCUAUAACAACAGACGAAAGCUUAAAGCAUGUUAAUGUUGCUCUGGAAAAUGGGCCCAAUUUGGAGGACGUCCUUUCCUCUAAUAAUCAACCACAUGUAAACCUAAAUAGAGCUGACUUUAGCUCCUGCAGAACUGAUGAUCUUGUAACAUGCAAGCAGGAUGACAAAGUUUUAGAUCGUUCACCUGAGGCGAGGUCCUCCUUUGACACAAUAGCUACACCAGUCACACAUGAUGUUGAGCAAAACACUCAAUUGGAGAUUGUUGAGCCAAAUUUAACAUUGACGGAUGAGGAGCAACCUGUCACACCUGCGCCACCUAUAUCUGAAUCAUUGUGUCAUGAAUCUGAAAUUGAGCCAGUUCAGGAGCAGCAAAAUAUUGAUUCUUCAAAAAAGAGUAGCUUUACUACCAGAAAGUCCCGAUGGGAUAUUGUUGGGCAGGACACCCCAGAGAGCGAUAACUCACACAGGUUAGUUUGUGCCGAGAGUAAACCGACUGUUCAAGAAGUAGUAUCAGUCAAAAAAAUGUACUUUUCUAAAGACAGUAGCCAACAGGACUCUGACAUAAAAGAUAAUAUUCAGCAAGAAGCCGCUACACAUUCCAAUCUGAUCAUGGAGACCGAGGUGUCCGAGCAGGAAGUUUGUUCAGUCAGCAUAUCAGUGACAGCUGAGUACAACGACCAAGGUGAGCCUCCACAAGCAAGCACCAGCAUUGACCACUGUGACUCAGAACCUCCUGCUUCUCAGAAACCAAACACAGAUGAGCCUCCGCACAUAGAUGGUGCAGCACACACAGCAUCUGCUGUGAAGACACAUUGCUGGAUUGGUGAUGAUUAUGAAAACAAAAACAAGGAGAGCGCUCACAAAAGCAGAUGUAGUAAAAGAUCAUCAGUCAGUCAUGAUGUGUCAGGAAAACAGAGUGAAGCCAGCGACAGUGACAACUCGGAGUAUGAUUCAGACUGUGACAAGGCUAUAAGACAGUUGCACUCGGUAGUAGUGGUGCCAAAGAAUUCGUCCAUAACAAAAGAUGCAGAGGACAAGGGAACGUCUCCGUGUCGUCCUGCAAUUAAAUUAGAGCCGACCAGUGGUGAUGAAGCAGCUGAUGCGAAUAUCACAGGUAUCCCGAGUCAGGUCAACUCACAGCUAACACAACCCACAGUAAAGACUGGUUUAAACGAUUCACCCAACAACAGUGUGUUGUGUCAGUCCCAGAGCAACAUGAUAGACAGCACCAGUCACUCGGAGAGCACCGGCUCUGUCAGCGGACACAUGUUUGUGGCCGGUCAUAUCUGUGCCCGUGCAAGUGCCUCGGAUUCUACCCACAUGCUUGAUAAUUCCAGGACGUUUGACCAUGGGCUCAAACAACAUGAAAUGAGCAACCAAAGUGAACAGUCAUAUUCGCAUUACAGACACGAUAACUUCCCUAGUGUUGAUAAUAUCAGUGGGAAGAAUGGAUUCAGCCUGGGUUGGGAUUUUUGUCAGCCAGAACAGCCAACUAGUACAUGCCAGCAGCCUGAUAGCAGCCACGGGCCACAGUUAACAAACACUAAACUGCCAGAUGCCAUUUCCAAUGGUCCAGAGCAAAGACAGACUAUUGCCUCCUGCACACACCAAUCCCUAAAUGUGCAGAGUAGCCAAAAACCCUACCUCCAUGCACAUGAACAUUAUCAGGAACCUUCCAGUGAAAUCCAUCCUGACUCUCUCACUAAUGACCACGAUGACUACGGUGGGGAUAAAUCAUCAUCAAGACUUAGUAAAACAGCUGUUGAAUGUAGUGCAUUUCACACUUCAGCAUCAUCGAGCUUUGUACAAGGUCAUGAAAUAAGCAGUAACAGCAGAGGUUCUACUGCACCAGACCCCUCCAGAGAGGACAGCUUCAGACAACACAGAGCCAGAGGUCCUCCUAAGAAAAGACGUCCAGAAUUUGGUUCUGACUCGGACAAUGAGGCAGAACCUUCGGGCAAGAGGGAGCGUCAAGGAGAUGCUGUGGUUUCCAAGCCUCUUGUAAAAGCUGAAGUACCUCGGCCGUCAUUCACUCUUCUGGACUUUCAGGAUGCCAACAAAUGGAAGGACUUUGCCAAGUUUAAAAGGAUGCCCCCUUACUUUGACUUGAUUGAAGAGAACCUGUACCUUACCGAGAGAAAGAAAAGCAAAUCUCAUCGUGAUAUAAAGAGGAUGCAGUGUGAAUGUCCAGUGCUGCCCAGGGAGGAUCGUGCUAGAGGAGUGUUUGCUUGUGGGGAAGACUGUUUAAACCGGCUGCUCAUGAUUGAAUGUUCAUCACGGUGCUUGAAUGGAGGAUACUGCUCCAACCGCCGCUUUCAAAUGAAACAGCAUGCAGAUUUCGAGGUGAUCCUUACAGAAGACAAGGGCUGGGGAUUACGAGCUGCUAAAGACUUGGCUUCAAACACGUUUGUCCUGGAAUACUGUGGUGAAGUCCUGGACCACAAGGAGUUCAAAACACGAGUGAAAGAAUAUGCUCGCAAUAAGAACAUCCACUACUAUUUUAUGGCUCUAAAGAAUAACGAGAUCAUUGAUGCAACAUUGAAGGGGAAUUGCUCUCGGUUUAUGAACCACAGCUGUGAGCCCAACUGUGAAACCCAAAAGUGGACCGUUAAUGGCCAGCUUCGGGUUGGGUUCUUCACCACCAAGGUUGUCCCUGUAGGAACUGAACUGACCUUUGACUACCAGUUUCAGAGAUAUGGGAAAGAAGCACAGAAAUGUUUCUGUGGCACGCCCAGCUGCAGAGGCUUCCUGGGUGGAGAGAACCGAGUUAGUGUUCGAGCAGCUGGAGGGAAGAUGAAGAAAGACCGCAAUCGAAAGAGUGCUCUCACCACGAGUAACAUCUUAACCACAACCAGAGGAUGUCUGUUCGAACAGGGUUGUUCAAGGAAUGAGAAGUUAAUCACUGCAUCAGUGGAUGAGGAGUUGGAGGCGUUGCUGGAGAAUGGAGAAGGCCUGUACGAUGAGAAGCAGGUGGUGUCUCUCUGCAGAUUAAUGGUCCGAGUGGAAACUACGGAGCAGAAACUCAUCUGUCUCAAACUCAUACAAGAUACUCAAAAUUCAUCCUGCCUGAAACAGUUCUUAGACCAUCACGGGUUGUCUUUGUUAUGGAUCUUCAUGGUGGAGCUCUCUGAGGCCAAAGGCAACAGUGCAAAUAAUGGCAAACUCCAGUUUGAGAUUAUGAAGACUUUGGCUGUGCUGCCCAUCUCAACCAAGAACAUGCUGGAGGAGAGCAGAGUCCUGACUUUCAUUCAACGCUGGGCCCAAACAAAAGCUCUUCCUCAGCAGACGGAGAUGGAUGGCUACUCCAGCGAGAAUACCUCUCGGGCCCAAACCCCUCUCAAUACUCCCGAUGGUUCCUCCACUAAACUAGGACCAGAAUUGGAUGGUGAGGCCUCCAAACCUGCCAUGUUGAGACGUCUGAAAAUCAUCAGUGAAAACAGUCUGGACAGUGCGCUCUCCGAUGCUAGCAAAGCAUCGGAUGGGAAAGAGGAAGAGGAGGAGGAGGAGGAUGAUGAGGAAGAAGAUGAAAACUCACAUGCAGAUUCCCCUAAUGCAAAACAGUUGAAGGCAGAAACUUCGGACCCAACAAAAGAAUCAGUGGAAGAGCCAGUCAAAGAAGUCGGUGACGAGAAACAACAAGAAGAAGUGGAGAUGAGUUCAAGCAGUCAAGUCCAACAUGAGAACGUGGAUUUGAACGAUAAAAAUGAGUUUGGUGAGAAAAUGAAGGAAACAGAGAUGAAAGAGGGCGAGGGUCAAAAGGAGGAACUUCAGGAGUCAGAAGAUCCCAUCAGUGACCAAGAGAGUGGAAACAAACAGACAAGUCAGACAGUGCCAGAAAAUGCUGAAUUGGAACAAGAACAUCAUGAUAAAGCCGAUGAGACCGAGAGUCAGUCUAACCCAACUGAUGUUGCUGAUCUUUCAACUGCGCAGCCAUCAGAUAAUAUGGAAGUGCAGGAGGAGGUUCAUGAGGCUCAGAAACCUCCUGAAAGCACUGAGCCCCUUCCCAGAGAACCUGCUCCUACGGUCUCUGAGACCUCAGAGGCCGCCGUGCCUCCUGGGGUCAUAGCGGUGCCUUUGGAGCCGUCGGGGAUAGGAACUCCUUCUCAGGAUGAAGAGGACGGAGUCUCUGAUGUGGAGAGUGAGAGGAGCCAGGAGCCCCAGCUCAGUGUUUUGGACAUAAGUGGCAUGGCCGCCAAGCUUCUGGAAAGCUGGAAGGAUCUGAAGGAGGUGUACAGAAUACCUAAAAAAAGCCAGGUGGAAAAGGAAGCCAGAACAGAUCGUAGCCGAGAUCGAGACACGGCUUUAACACCACGCAACACCUCUGGAAGCCGAGAACGCGAGCGAGAGCGGGAAAAGGAGAAGGAACGUGACAGAGACCGAGAUUAUGAGAGAGACAGAGAUCGAGAUCGAGACUGGGAAAGGGACAGAGAACGGGACAGAGACCGAGAGCGAGACCGAGAGCGAGAACGGGACAGAGACAGAGAACGAGACCGAGACCGAGACCGGGACCGAGACCGGGACCGGGAUCGUGAUCGUGCUUCAGACAAAACUCCUCGCAGCUCUGAAAGACGAAGGAGACGCUCCCUGUCUCCACCACCUUCAUCCUACGAGAGGAGCAGUCGUCGCACUGAGGAGCGGUUUGACCCAUCAAAUAGCAAGACCCCGAGAGGCGGCAAGGAGCGCAACAAGCUAUCCACCGAGGAGCGUCGAAAACUGUUCGAACAGGAAGUUGCUCAGCGAGAAGCUCAAAAACAACAGCAGCUUCAACAGCAACAACAACAACAGCAGCAGCAACAGCAGCAGCAAAUUCAGACUAUGGCUUAUGACGCUGCUCUGGCCUACACCUCCAGCUCCGGCUUCAUCACCUACCCUCCCGGAUACCCUAUCCAGACUUUUGUGGAUCCCACCAACCCUAAUGCCGGCAAAGUUCUUCUUCCCACCCCUCCGGUGGACCCCGCUAUCAACUAUGAAGAGACUCCUCCCCAGCCCCUUAUCUCAGACAUGGGUCUGCCUCCUUCAUCUUCCGCUUCUCAGACCACUCCCGUCUCUAAUCUCGCUCAGCACAUAACCACAACUAACCUCGCCACUGGCACCCCCCAGCAGUACGCCCAGCCGAAUGUAGCAACCCAGGACGCGGGAGUAGCUGUGCUCUCUGUACCGGCUCAGUCAGCUCCUCAGGUACAGGGCCAGCAGAGCUACGCCACUCUCUGGGAUCCCACCACCCAGCAGGCAGUGACGGUGCAGACGCAGCCGGCACAGCAGUAUGCCACAGCUCCAGGACAGGCUCCCACACAGACGGCCAUUUAUUACCAAGGCCAACCAUGUCCAACUAUCUACAGCAUCCCCACUCCCUACCCCCAAGCCAGCACCCCAGUCAUACAGGCAUAUACAGAGCCAACAGCCAGCUACCUGCACGGCCAGCCGGUGUAUCCUGGACAUCAGCAGGGAGUGGUGGUGCAGCAGGGAGGCACUGUCACCACCAUUGUAACCUCCCAAACUGUUCAGCAGGAAAUGAUUGUACCCAACAAUGUGAUAGACCUGCCUCCUCCCUCUCCCCCUAAGCCCAAAACCAUCGUCCUACCUCCUAACUGGAAAGUGGCCCGAGACCCUGAAGGCAAGAUCUACUACUACCAUAUUGUCACAAGGCAAACUCAGUGGGAUCCACCCACCUGGGACGGAAAUAGUGACAACACUAGUGUGGACCAUGAAUCUGAGAUGGACCUGGGAACACCUACCUAUGAUGAGAAUCCUUCCAAGUUCUCAACAAAAACAGCCGAAGCAGACACUUCCAGCGAACUAGCUAAAAAAAGUAAAGAGACGUUUCGUAAAGAGAUGUCCCAGUUCAUAGUGCAAUGUCUAAAUCCUUAUCGGAAGCCAGACUGCAAAUCUGGACGCAUCAGCAACACUGAAGAUUUCAAACACCUCGCUAGAAAGCUUACUCACGGUGUCAUGAAUAAGGAACUGAAAGCCUGCACCAACCCCGAAGACCUUGAGUGCAACGAAAAUGUGAAGCACAAGACCAAGGAGUACAUAAAAAAGUACAUGCAGAGAUUUGGCUCCGUAUACAGGCCCAAGGAGGACACAGAGGUGUAUUGACCUGUUGAAGCUACAGAUGUUAUGUUUUCCUCUGGACUCGUGUUGGAGAAGCACAGAUCUGCCUUUCCAUUCUCUCCUUCAUUUAUGAUCUGGACAGGUUGGAGAGUAAGGUAGUUUCUUAAAUGUAUUUAUGUCUAAGAAUUGCACUGCUGCGCAACACUCUCUCCAGGCCUCAUGGAUUGCACAGGAGGCCCAGCAACGUGAGUGUUGCUGCAAAACCCAAGACUUGAGAUGCAGUGUUGGAGAUGGAUGACACUGAGGGGUGCUACAGAGACUCAUGUUUUCACUGACUUCAUUCAUUUUUAGCAUUUUUGGUUUUUCUUCUCCAUUGUUGCUCUUAAAUGUUCCUGAGAUGAUCACCUCUAUUCCACUUUUUAAACUAUUGCCGCCCUGUUUAUGGAUUAUUAAAAGGAAUCUUUUUUCAUAUCAAAUUUCUCAAACUUCCGAUGUUUCUUUUCCACUGUUAGAAAUGGAUCAAUCGCAGAACAGACCAGUCCCCUUUUCCAACGUCCUUUUUCUUGUGUGGGCCUCGGCCCCCUUCCAAUGACUCGAUAACUGGUGCUGCUUUUAACUGGACUGUGGAGGUCCAAGCUUCCUGUCCUCAAACCCAGCCUUCUUAACCACAAAACUUUGGAACCUCGUUUGUUUUAUGAAUGCAUGAUGUAGGCUGAGGUCUGACUGGUAUCUUUAUGGAAAUUCCUACAUUUUUCUUGUCUCCUGUUCCAAGUAAUGUGCCCUCACUGGGAUGAGCUUUUACAUAGAAUACUCUUGAGGGAUCAGCAAAUGACAAGCCGUUUGAAAAAGGGGUUUUGUGAUGAAUAUUGUUGUGUUUUUAUCGAUUUAACAACAGGAGCAGAGUUUAAAUCCAUUCUGUGAUGUACUGUUCUGUGUCGUCCCUAACCCCAGGUAAUCAACCCCUUUUUCUUAACUGGUUUUACCCCGACCCUCUUCAGAAAAGGAACAACACUGAAUAUGAAGGUUGUAGCAUUGUCAUUUUAACAUUUACUAAAAAACGUGUGUGCUCUGGGUCUUUUUUAACCACAGUUAGUACUAGUUAUUACAGAAGACACUCGGAUUGGCCAGCAUCGCUCCACAAACUCACUGUUAUUUACAUGCUUUUUACAGUCCACAGUAAAGGUCUCUUUGCAUAAAGUCUUGAGUUUCUCAGAGCCCAUUAAAUUGCAUUAAACAAGUUCCAAGUAUAUUGCUUUAUAUGUGAAUAUAUUGAAAAAUAGUUUUGCGAAUGUUUAAAUAAACAGAUACUUUGUACAAGGACUAUCAUUUCAUGUUUGAAAGUGUAAAUAAUAUGUAAAAUUACCCAGGCUGUAUUCAGGAGAGAAGGGUCUCGAGUACAGUGAGUCCACCCAUCCUCACCAGCUCACCUCCUGCAGUUCCCACAAACUCACAGCCCCCUUAUUUUAUUUCAUUGGCUGGGGAAAUGUUCAUGUUUUUUUUUGUUAUUGUUGAUGUUUUUAUUAUUAUUGUUAUCAUUAUUAUUAUUAUUAUUUUUCUAUGUACAAAGUACCCUUCUCUACUGUAAGUAUUGUGUAAGCACAUUGUCAAACCGAGUGUACAAACAUUUUAAAAGAU